AUGCGGGUCGACACAACGUCGACAUACCCCAAGCUCAUCAAGGAAGAGUGGGACUCGUUUCCGCGUAGCCCCGCUCUAGACAAGCAAAUCCUGGCUGUCCGAUGUGCCCGCGAUCUGGCCGGUGGGCUAGACCUGCCGGUGAAAGCCGGCUACGACAUCGUUCUCAGGAGUGGCUUGAACGUGUACAACCUGUACGCGCCAUGCGGCACCACCAAACAACCACGGCAGCUUCUCUCGAGGCUUCACCCGGAGAUGAGUCAGUACGCAAAGCAGCAGCUGCUGAUCAAGACGCGUAGCGUGCGAAGCACGGACCCAUUCGGGAUCCUGAAUUGCCAGAACACGGACAACUUGCAGCUGUACUUCAAUAGACGUGACGUCGUCGAAGCUUUGCACGUUGAACAAUCUCCCCAUAUGUGGCUGCCGUGCAGUGAAACCCUAAACUACACCCAGCAGUACCUGACUAUGCGUGAAGUGGUGCAACAACUGGCCGAAUCUGGGCGUCUCAGAGGCCUCGUUUAUCACGGCGACGUGGACAUGGCGUCCCCGUUUCUCGGGGGUGACUGGUUCGUACGCAGCUUGGGAUACGAGUCCACAUCUCUAUACAAGAUGUGGCACGCUGGAUCCAUUAUCGCUGGCUUCGUGCAGACCUUCGCCAAGGACAUCACUUUCGCCACCGUGAAGGGUGCCGGCCACAUGGUUGCCAUGGGCAAGCCUAAAGAAUCUCUGCAGAUGAUGUCCAACUUUCUUUCAAGGAGCUCGUUUGAAUAAAGAAAAAUGCAC